GCCCAUGACCUCAGAGGGGAAGGCUCAGGAUAAAUAGCAGCCUUCUCUCCCUGUCCUUCAGCGACCAGCAGAUCCACUCCACCAGACAUCAGGUGAUUGUCAAGUGCGAGGACACCAUGAAGCUUCUCACAGGCCUGGUGUUUUGCUCUUUGGUCCUGGCAGUCAGCGGUGGGGUUUUUUCAUUCGUGAGGGAAGCUGCUCAAGGAAGUUGGGACAUGUGGAGAGCCUACCAGGACAUGAAAGAAGCAAAUUUCAUAGGUGCAGACAAAUACUUCCAUGCCCGAGGGAACUAUGACGCUGCCCAAAGGGGACCUGGGGGUGCCUGGGCUGCUGAAGUGAUCAGUGAUGCCAGAGAGAACAUUCAGGAAUUUUUUGGCCGAGGACAUGAGGACUCCCAGGCAGACCAGGAAGCCAACAGAGCGGGCAGGAGAGGAGAAGACCCUAAUAAAUACAGACCUAAAGGGCUGCCUGAUAAAUACUGAGCUUCAUCUUCAUUUUGUCUCAGGAGACUGACUGUGAGCCCCCAAAGAUUGGGAUAUGAAAUCACUGCAUCCUCUGUCCAUAUAAAUGGAUAGAUGGCCCACAGUCGUUGUUCAAUAAAUGCAUAAGAGAUGGAAA